CACUUCCCUUGAAUCAACACUGUUGGAUUGGAGCUCAAUACCUUUAGAUGCCUAAUAUUGACUGAGACAAAGAUAGAGCAAUGAUGCGGAUGCUCAGCAUGGAGGGGGCGCGACACCGCAGGGCAGCGGAGGAGGAAAGCAAGGAGCCCCCGCCACCUCCGCCCCCCUCACAUCACUCCAACCACCAGUUUGCGAGCAUGAAGAACAAGUUCUUCAACGAGCUCACACACUUACCCAACCAUACACUCAAUUUGCCCAUGUGGGCAGUAGGUGCCAUUGUGGUGGUGGUCCUCACCCUAAUUGCCUGUAUGGGAUUCUGCAUUUACAAGAAAUGCUUCAACAAGGGCAAAAAGCCCAAGAAGGUCAGAGAAAGAAAGGCCGGGCGAGGACGCAAGAAGAAGGACAAAGAAGGGGAGGACGGAGAAGACAAGAAGGAAGGUGAGGACGGCAAGGAAGAGGAGGAGAAAGAGAACUUUGGCAAACUGGAGUACACGUUGGAUUAUAACUUCACAGAUAACCAGCUGAUAGUGGGCAUCCUGCAAGCUCAGGACCUGGCAGCCAUGGACAUGGGAGGGACUUCGGACCCCUACGUUAAAGUCUACAUGCUGCCGGACAAGAAGAAAAAGUUUGAAACCAAAGUCCAGCGCAAGAACCUCUGUCCGGUUUUCAAUGAGACCUUUAUUUUCAAGAUACCCUACACAGAGUUGGGUGGUCAGACGUUGGUGCUCCAGGUUUUCGACUUUGACCGAUUCGGCAAACACGACGUCAUCGGUGAGAUCAAGAUUCCCAUGAACACCAUAGACCUGGCGCAGCCAAUCCACGAAUGGAAGGAUUUGAUUGGAGGAGAAAAAGAAGAGCAAGAGAAGCUCGGAGACAUCUGCAUUUCUCUUCGCUACGUUCCCACGGCUGGCAAGCUAACCGUUAACAUCAUGGAAGCCAAGAACUUGAAGAAGAUGGAUGUUGGAGGACUAUCUGAUCCGUUUGUCAAAGUGGUUCUUCAGCACAACGGAAAGCGCCUGAAGAAGAAGAAGACAUCAGUGAAACAAAACACUCUGAAUCCAUACUUCAACGAGAGCUUUAGCUUUGAGAUCCCCUUCUCCCAGAUCCAGAAAGUCCAGGUGAUCAUCACGGUGUACGAUUAUGACAAAUUGGGAAGUAACGACCCCAUCGGCAAGUGCUGGAUCGGUUACGGCGCUUCGGGCGUCGGACUGCGUCACUGGUCCGACAUGUUGGCCAAUCCACGCCGUCCGGUGGCUCAGUGGCACGUCCUGCAGCCGGAGGAGGAGGUCGAUGCUGCCCUCAAGGCUCCCAUCCGCUAA